UAAGCCGCGUGUUUUUCUGUUGAUGUCAUUCUAAUUUCGUUGUAAUUUCGCGUGGAUAUUACAAGUUAUUUCGAAACUCCGGUAAGCGGUUUACUUUAAAAAGGGAGUUUUGUGUCCGUGUUUCAUCGGUCGAGCAGCACAAUGUGGCCGGAAGUACAGACAGCCAAAGAGGAAAACCGGCGGGAGCUGAAGCUUUCCGGAAGCACCGCUCAAAAGAGGUUCCAAUCCAACAACGAUCAGUUGGAUGAAGCUAUUUUUCUACUGAAGGCGUUGAAUCUCCUGGAUAUAAACGAUUCACCGCUGGCCAGUAUUUCACCACAGAUUGCCAAUUUGGAAAAUUUACAAUCAUUGCUGUUGUUUCGCAAUCAAAUAAGCGCAGUUCCGGCGGAAAUUGGUAAACUUUCUGCUUUGAAAGUGCUCGAUUUGUCCGGUAAUCGAAUAGAAACGCUGCCGGAGGAGCUGGGACAGCUUAAAUCGCUUACGACGGUUAAUCUGUCUGGAAACAGGUUGAAACGGGUGGAUUUGAGUGGAUUGGAUAGGUUGUCGGUAAUAAAUGUGUCCUCGAAUCUACUGGAGGAGUUUCCGCUUUUGCCGGAAGUGAAGGCGAAUGCGAACCAUAUUCCAGCCUUAUCUGAAAUCAUACUCGAGAAAAAUGAAAUCACGGAAAUCCCUGAUGGUCUUCAACAGCAGUUAAGUUUGAAAGUUCUCAACGUAGCUGGAAACAAGAUUGAGUUGGUUCCGAAAUCAUUGGUCAAGUGUCACAAAUUGAAAGACAUCAAUCUUCUUGGAAAUCCUCUAAAAGACAAGAGGUUGAAAAAAUUGGUGGAACAAUGCCACAGCAAGCAGGUUCUCGAUUACAUCGAAAAGAACGGACACGUUCCUCCAAAAUCGACCGCCAAAAAAUCACAGGAAAACGACUCGGAAGCAAGCUCAGAAACCACAGAUUCUCCUCCGCCAGUGGCUGAUAUCCGACAAAAGCUAACGAUCUUGAAAGCCCAAGACACCUCCCUUAAAGUCACUUUCACCGCAGAAGCCAAAGAUUUGAGGCCCCAUUUGUUGCAUUGCAUCAUUCGUGGCUUCUCGAUAACAACGAUGAAGAAGUUUCUACAGCUACAGAACGAUCUGCACGAUAACGAGUGCGGCAAACGGGAGCUAGGUACAAUUGCUACCCACGAUUUGACCAAAAUCAAAGGCAAUCUACUCUACCGGGCGGAUCUGUCGGAUCAAAUCGAAAUCACUCCCCUUGGUGCUCGAGGUGGAAAGAUUACUGCUGGAAAGUAUUACGAAGAUCUUCGACAGCACGCCGAAGCCAUCAGGAAGGAGAAAAAACGAUCCACUUUUUCCGGGAUCUACAAAUUUCUGCACCUUCUGGAGGGUAAAGUUUUCGUAUGUUUCUCCGACGAUGAGAAAGUUAUCAGUCUGCCACCGCUAACGAAUUGCGAAGAAACGAAGAUCAGUCCGGAUACCCAGGACAUGCUGCUGGAGGUGACUAGUACCGUAAGUUUGGAUCAGUGCCGUCGGGUGAUGUCGGCACUGAUCAAACGGAUGCUGUUGAUGGAUGUUCAGAUAACCCGGACUGCCUCAUCUGAAGGUCAAAAGAAAAAGGGACCGAAAGGUAAGGCAGUAGUUAGUUAUGAUAAAUCCAAGGAGAUGACUCUGGAACAGGUGCGGCUCUUCGAUGCCGAUGGUAAUUUCCAGUCCGUUUAUCCCGGUAAGGGUGAUCUAGUAUUUGAUGAUGGGGAGAAAAUCGAUGUUGAGUAUAAGGAUUGAUUUCCUAUUUGUUGUUAAAACGUUUUCUAUUUUCUGUUUUACCGUGGUACUAAUAGUAUGUUCAGCACAGGAAUGUACGAAAGAAUAAGCUCAGGACGCUCUCAUAUCCCAUUUAGCUUUCAAAGCUCAAAGUUAUACUUUUUUCACAGAAAACCACAUUUUGAUAAUUUUUUUUUAACUGAACCACGUUUUCCGAUAAUUUCCGUCUUUAUUAGUCUUCUUGCUAAAAACAGCGCAAAAGUACAUUUAAAACAAUCGAUGUUGUGAUUCAUCAAUCCAGUUACUAAUAAAAUAAGCAUAAGAUGCUUACGACGACA